AUGUCGCAGCGCACAUCCGGUCGCGCUCGCCUGGCAGGUCGGACAGGAUCGCGAAGCGAGGCCCACUUUGCAUCCGAAGCUGGCAUAGAUCUCGAGGCGCUUCAAAGGCAGGAAGAGGUUGGCUCUAGUCUCCCAGACGAUGGAGCCGACGUGAGUGUGCCUACCUCAUCCACCUUGUCCAGCGCCGACGCUCAGGACAGCUCGCUGCCUCCUCCUGUUCUUGCCGGAACUUCUCAGCUAGAAUCGGGUCUAAUCCUUGAUGCUCCCUCGCAAGUGGUGAGCAGUCCGAUUGGAAGAAGCUCGAGGCUGCCUCGUGCAGCUGCAGCGCGAAGUCGGCAAAGGGCAACCAAGGCGCCCACACCUCUGCCAGAGCCGAGCGAAGAUGAGGCCGAGUAUGACGACCAGUCCGGCCCAGUCUCUACCCCGAAACGCUCUAGUCGCACUAGACCUUCCAGCGAUAGACGACCGCUCAAGCGCGGGAAGCCCGUUGUUGGGGACGAAGCUGAUGCAUCUGGGCCAGGUGCUGGAGGCAAAAGCCUAGAAGAGGAGGGUGCGGAUCAGGAGAGCGACGAGAUGGACGCGACGCCCAGAGGAAGACGUGCGGACGCUGGCAGAGGCCGUAGCCUUGGCAGAAGCAAAGCCGCGGGGACGCGCACCAGAGAAAAGAGUGCGACACACGCUGAGACCGACGAUUUUCCCCAUCAUCCUGCCGAUCAGAAGGUCUUUGAAGAAUUUCAAGCUAGCACUGGCGCGGACAACGGCAGCGAGAGCGAGGAAGAAGCUCCUCUGAAAAAGCGUCGUGGCUCGAGAGGGCGAGGAGGAGGAAGCCGAGGAGGUAGAGCGCGAGCUGGCCAGGGCCGACAUUCCAAGCGCGGCGCUGUCUCCGCCGGAGCAGACGAGGAUGAAGAGGAAGGUUUGCAUGAGGGGGGAGAUGCAGAGGAAGACAAGGUCUCAGAUGCCGGCGAGACUGACUUGGUUCCGGUGGACAGCAGAUCGCGAUUCAUGCUAGUGUCCGAGUUUGGUCAGACUACGCUGGUUCCGGCUGUCAAACGCGUCAAAGGCACAGCGACCAGCUUCAGCUUGGCCACCAAGGACGAUGCGCGAGGUGGCAUGGGUCGAGGCAAAGGGUAUAGGUACAGCAAGCGUGGCGGCAGAAGAGCCCGUGGAGGUGCAGGUGGUAGCGCCACACCCAACGAUAGCCCUGCUCCUGGAAAAUUCAAAAUGACUGGUGGCGCGCGAGUCAGCGACCGAACCCCUUCUCGGUGGGCACACGGCGAAGACGACGAAGAUGGUGAAGACGACGAGCAAGGAACAGGGGAAGACGGCCCAGAGAAGGAAGAUAUAGAAGGUAGCCACGAUGAGGAUGACGCACAGAAUGACGCGGCUGGGGUAGAUGCGUCAGAAGACGAGUCGCAGAUGGUGGACGUGCCCCAAGUCGCUUGGGUUCAAGGCCGGGAGUACACCUUUGUCGCCGACGAGCUCCAGCUCGACGAGGACGAAGAAGGUGAAAAGAAGAUUGACAUUCACGGCAACUUGCUAGGUGGUACGUACAAGUCUCAGAAGGCGUUAGGCCGAGCCUGUGGUUAGGCACCUGACUCAAGUUGACCUCGGGCGCUCUCACAGGUCGUGAAUGGCGUAUUGCAACCUUCACAUCCUCAACAAGGUCAGACCCACAGCGACGUUACUGUCUCGCUGUAGAUGCAGCCCGAGCGUGCGGCUUCAAGGACUCGCUCUACUUCUUUCGUCGCACGCCUUUACUGGUGCGACUCUUUUUGACACAUAAGGAGCGCGAGGAACUCGUUGAUGCUGGCAGAAUCGACCCGAAGCUGAAAGGUCGCAAAAUCGCUGUUGUCGCUGCAAGGAACGUCUUCAAGGUAUUUGGCAGAGCCUGUGUCAGAUGUGAGCGCGUCUUUUUGCGUGUUCUUCUUUAUUCAACUCGCUGACAUGUGCUCAUGUCUGCCCACAUUAGAUGGGCGAAGUGUCGUGGACGACUAUUACGAGGCUGCCGCAAAGGAAGCGGGCGCAACCGAUGAGGGACAAAUGGGAGGCGCGGUCAUCGGCGCAGUGCGCGAAUCCGGCGGCAGAGUUGCUCGCGCAACCGAUGAUGGCGCUGCUGCUUCGAACACCGCAUCCAUGCGCUACAAGGAAAAACCUCGAGAUCGCGAGGCGGAGAAGCUGCGAAACCUUGCUAGACAGCUCAGAGAGUCGCAUGAGCACAGCACGAUGGACCCAUUCACUGCUGAGCCGGUGCGCACGCUAUUCGGGGAUUCUGGUAGCACCCCUUUCGUGAGGGCCGACGAUAGACAGAGGCAAAAGGCGAUUCUGAGCAAUGCCAGUGUCACUUCCGAGAAUUGGAUGCUGAUGAUGGCCAGGAGUACACAAGCCAUGAAUGGAGAGCUCUACGCCGGAAGGAAAGAGAGGCUCGUCAAUUUCGUGCGCCCAGAAGAGGCGUUGGGCGAUUUUGAGGAGAUCGACCGUCUGCAGAAACGCAUAGAUUCCAACGCCCCUCACGCAGGAUCAGUCACACAGAAGCUCGCGCGACCUGUUGGCGUGUACGAACCAGCAACGAACGUGGUGCAUGUCGCUCAGGAUACACAGCCCCGAUGGGCAACAAUUGAGAAGGUGCAUUUGGCUGCUCAAAGGUCGUUGAAAUUUGCAGUGCUCUUUCUGAACACCUUCUUUUCCUCGCCCUCUCAGGUGUCCGGUCGUCCCGAUUUUGCGAUGCAGCCCAAGGCACACGCACAGCCGAUCUUGGGCGGUGCUCGAGCUGGCAGUAAUGCCUGGGGGCUGGCAACGUUCACGACGAGCAUGCACCAACCGGCGGCUGCCCCUCAAGAAGUUCGAAUCCCAUCAGGCUCUGAGAAUUCAGGGGCGAGGUCUCCGUCGCAAAUGCAGGAGUGA